GAUGGCGGACGUUAGUACGGAGAAAGUCAAACAUAAGAAAAAUAAGAAGAAGCACAAAAAAGAAAAAAGACGUUUAGAAGAUGAAAAAUUAUUAACCGAAAACAAAAACAUUUCUCUUCCUGAAGAUAACGUUUUAAAGUCAUCUGAAGACAACCUUUUGAAGUCGCCUGAAGCAGUUAACUCUAUUAAAAAUAUUGAUAUAAAGGCGCCAAUUUUAUGGUCCCACGAGGAUGAAGAGAUGCUAUUGCUUCAUGUUAAAAACCAUUGUUCAAACCUCAUAGGCAAACAAAAGAACUCAUACAAAUUUGAUUGGACACUAGUGGAAAAAGUGAAAGAUUUCUCCGAGUCAGAAAUGAUCCUGAAGUAUAAAUCCUUAACGAAAAAAGUGAGGAAAUUCCGGAGUGCUGCUGAAAUUGUCGAAGAUGCGCUAACACUGCAUGAAGAAAAAGUAAGAAAAAAAAAUGGAGAAGAUCCAUUAACUAGCAAAACUAAAUCUAAACGCCACCCACCUACUGCAUUCAAUAUUUUCUGGAGGUCAAAGCGUGUUACUCUAAUCCAGAAACACCCUGAAUUGAAGUUUGCAGAAGUUCAUAAAAAAAUCUGCCAAAAAUGGAAAGAACUUUCAGUAGAAAGACGUGAAAAAUACAUGCGCAAAGCUGAGAAGGCAAAGAAGGAAUUUUAUGAAGACAUGAAAAAAAAUAAUGAAGAGAAAAUCUCUCAAAUAAAAAAACCUCUUUCAGCUUAUAACAUGUGGAAAUCAGAAAGAGUUGAUGACAAUAAUGUGGAAUGUGUUUCAGAGAAAGAUUUAGUGGCAGACAGGGACAAUUUAUCAAAAUCAACCGAGAAAGGUUUGGUACAAGUUGCCGCAAGCGAGAAAAAUAAUAAUAGUUUAAAAGAGACAAGUAUGUUAGGUAAGAAGGAUAAGAAACAUAAGUCAAGGAAAAGAUCCUCAUCAAAGCGCAGUAGUUCAGAGCAAAUGCAAAGAACUCCAAACAAAGUUAGCAAGAAAGACAAUUCAAGUCAAUCGCCAGAUAACAAGAGUUCAAGUGAAAAUCGUAUUUUCUAUUAGAUUUUACAAUGACAUUGUGCAUAAUGUAGAAAGUCUUUCUUGAGAAUGUUAUUACUUGAAUGAAACUUGUUCUGUAAUGUGGUUAUGAAAUACAUGUACAUUUAGAUGUUUAUGUGAACUAAUGUAAUUAACAUUAUAGCCAUGAACUUGACCUCCCAAUGGUAGUCAAUCAAAAUCAUUGUAGCUGUUCAUUUUAGAUUCAAGAUACUUAAAAAAUAGCAUCAUUGGUUAGUUAGUAUAGAUCCAGUAUGAUUUUAUGGAGACAAAAUUGAAUUAAAAAUUUUGUAGUUACGUCA